UAGAAAAAUAAAGGGCUAUGGGUAAGUCUAGUAAUUUCUAAGGUAGGGACAUGUUCGGCACAACUUUGUGGGCCGAAGGGCCUGUAUUGUGCUGUAGGUUUUCUAUGUUUCUAUAUUUCUAUAAAUCAGGACCCUGAUUUCCAGACCCUCUUUAUAUCUUUCCAUAACUCAGAGUCGUGAAAUCAUCCAGCAUGGAAACAGGCCCCAGAGCCCAACUGUUCAAUGCCAACUAAGAUGCCCAUCUAAGCUAUGCCCAUGUCCUCCCCAUCUGGCCUAUAUCCCUUUACACCUCUUCUAUCCAUGAACCUGUCCAAGUGCCUUUUGUUAAUGUACCUGUUCUCUGACAACUCACUCCAUGUACUGGGAACACCUGGGUGAAAACGUUGUCCUUCAGAUCCUUAGUAUAUCUUCUCCCCUCCCUCUAAAUCUAUGUCCUUUAAUUAAUGAUUCCCCAACCAUGAGAUAAAAACUAAAAAAUCACCCUGUCCAUGUAGUACUUUGUGGAUUUCAUACACUAUAAUAUCAUUGCUCAUUCUCCUAUGAAUAAAAUCCCAAACUGCUGAACCUCUCUCCAUUAAUCCCAGCAACAUCCGUGUAAAUCGCCCCUGCAUUCUUUCCAUAUAGCAGGGUGAUUAAAACUGAUCAUGAUAUCCCAAAUGUGGUCCCACCAACGCCUUGUAACUUCCUGUGAGUUCACUUCUCUCAAACUGUUCAACCACAGAUACUUUACCUCUUGCCCAACUUCAUUUCCUGAGAUUAGAUCUGGUACUGUUGCCUCUACAAUAAUAUUAUCUACAAAUUGACCUUCCUGAUAAAUUGCACCCCUCUAUGUUUUUCAUGCUAAGGCAAUUCCAGUUACUAUUGGGGAAAUUGAAAUACCUUUUUGUUUAUGUACUUUUCUGUGAACUGUCUACAUGUCUAUCCCUCUCCUGAUAACUCAUUGAGAGACCUGUAGUAAUCUGACAGUAAAGUGAUUGCUGGGUCCAUCCUUGUUUGUCAUCUAUAGCAAUGAUCUGGAUGAUAAUGUGGUUAACUGGAUCAGCAAGUGUGCGAAUGACACCAAGAUGGGGAGUGUGGAGGACGGUGAGGAAGGCUGUCAGAGCUUGCAGCAGGAUCUGGACCUGUUGGAAAAAUGGGCUGAAAAAUGGAAGAUGGAAUUUAAUACAAGCAGGUGUGAGGACCAACCAGAGUAGGUCUUAUACAAUGAACGGUAGGACAUUGAGGAGUGUGGUAGAACAAAGGGAUGUGGGGAAUACAGGUCUAUAAUUCAUUCAAAGUGGUGUCACAGGUAGAUAGUGUCCUAAAGAAAGCUUUUGGCACAUUGGCCUUCAUAAGUCAAAGUACUGAGUACAAAGAGAUGAGAGGUGAUGUUUAAUAGCUGUACCAACAUGGUCUUCUACCAAUGCUGCUCUGGCUUUCCACAGUGUAUGAGUUCCCCAUGGCUACUGUAGAAGGUAUCAACAGGUAAGUCAACAAGCACCUGCAGGUGGCUGUGGAUCCCCUCAAACUUUUCUUCAGUGGGGCUCUACAUAAGAUCAGGCUAGCUACAGCUUCCAUUGUCAUCGCCAGUGGAGGAUUUCAAGGUGGCAAAGUGUAGAGUUGCACUAACACUGAGGAGUUCCGAUGACAAGCUAAUACACCAAGCAUAAGACAUGACAUGAUCAGGCUGAAAGUGGGCCACCAACAUGGCCAUAGACCAAGCAGUGAGCUCCCUGGAAUUGACAGAGACAUCAUUGGCAACCCAAGCCUGGGAUGGCAAGCCUUGGCUGUGCACACUUCCAGUGAUGGGGGAGUGCAUGUGCAAGGGAUAGGUGUGACAUAGUUCAGCCAGAGGUACAGAACUGUGAGGACGGAAGGUGGAGGCAGUGCAGUUGGGGGUCACAGAGAGCUUGGAUGAAAUGGGAUCUUUCCAAGCACAAGAUCACUUGGGCAGAGCUUUGGAGACUGGAGGCUUUCUGCAUUUCUUUCCUCCUGUGGUUCAUGUAUGGCACUCUCCGUCUCACAGCUGCACACAUGGGGGCUGAGAGAGGACCCUAACUGCAAGCUUUGUGUCUUUCUGGCUGUUGAAAAAGCAGACAUGGCUGGCAACAUCAGAAUAAUAGUUAUGUUCGAUAACACAACAGAUGACUGGCUGAUGUAUACUGAACAAAUUGAGCAAUGUUUUAAUAUAAAUGGAACAGCUGAUGAGAAACGAAUGCAAUUGGUGGAAGAGUAUAGUUUGCUUAGAAGUUUAACUGUUUAAACCAAACCAGCUGAAAUGAGCAUUGCUGAUAUUUUGAAAGUAAUGCAGGAACAUUUAGAACAGAAACCAUUGUUGAUUGCAUAAUACUUUAGGUUUCAUAAGCCAAAUCAGAAGGAAGGGGAGUCCAUUAAAUUUUAAGUGGCUGAGUUGAAGAGAUUGUCUGAGCAUUGCCCGUUCAGAAAUGAGCUUCAUGAUGCACUAAGAGAUCAUUUAGUUUGUGGAAUCUUACAAGAAAGCAUUAAGAAUGGCUCCUAACUGAAGCACAACUCACAUUUAAAAUUGCUGUUGAAAUCACUGUAUCAGUGGGAAUGGUAGCUGGAGUUGCAGUCAAGAAUGAAAAUGAGUGUGAGAAAAUUGCAAUGUCUAAACUGAAAUUGCCUGGUUGAACAAACUGUGUUACUGCUGUGGCAGGGGCUCAUAUACACCAAACCAAUGCAGAUUUAAAGGUGAAAUAUGCAGAAAAUGCAACAAAGUAGUAUACAUACAAAGCACAUGUUUGGCAGACAGAAGUAAAUGAACUGCACUGAGAAGAGAUAAAGAUAAAAUGUCAAGUACCGGUUUCAAAAAGAGAAUCUGCAUGCUGUUAAUGAAAAAUCUGAUAAAGAUCAGAGGAGAUUUUGAUUAAGAGAAAAAUGAUUUGCUUUCUGUCUAUUAUCUACACUUAGGAAAAGAGCGAUGUCUCGUUAAUGUCUCAUUCAAAAGGAGGCAUUUGCAACCGCAAAGGGCACCACCUGGUUGUAUUAGGUUCUCAAGUGCCGAGAAUGGAAUUUGAAUCCACACCUCUUCACGUUUGCAAUGCUUGAACUGAGCUAUGUGAUAUGCAGGAUGCCUGUGCAGAGAGCAGGAGGGCACAGACUUGUGGCUCUGCUGCCUUAGAACUAUUGAAUUGCUGCUGAGAUGUACUGAGGUGGAGUUUGAAAGAGAAAGCUCAUCAUUUGCAUUUCACCAUGUAACCACCAGCAAGUUUAGGCUUUUCAUUAAAGUGUGCAAAUCCAAGAAACCCAAACCUGUUUAUGGGCCAUUGUCAGAACGAAAAUAGUACUUUGACACAUGACUCUCUGUGCAAUCUAAAGAUGAAGUGCAAAAUUAUAACCUGUACCUGUACUGCACUUUCUCUUUAACUGCUACACUUCAUUCUGCAUUCUGUCAUUGAUUUACCUCAGUGCACUGUUGUAAUGAAUUGAUCUGUAGCAACAGCUUUUCACUGUACCUUGUUACAAGUGAUAAUAAUUCCAAACUUGCACUUACACUGGAGAAUCUGUAGGGCGAACAAUGGCAGGUUGGGCUGGGUACAUGUGCUCCACCUGUAAUUUCAUUGAAAAGAAACAACCAGCAAGGACUAAGAUGUUCAUAUUUUAUUAAUUGCUUGGGUGAGUAUUAACUAUUUAUAUUUGUAUUAUUCUUUUGAACAAAAUUAAUUCAUUUCAUGGCUUUGGAAUGUCAGAAUUCACUGCAGUUUUCACACGCAGGAGGUGAGGCUUGGCUGUCUUUUGAUGAACUUUCCAGCCAUGUGAUUGGUCUGGAUUCCUCCUGGUUUGUUCUUGUCCUUGCUGAGAUGGGAUUCUCCUGCCAUGAUGUAGGACCUUGUCACCACGAUGUCUAGCAAAAGGGCUUUAGUUCCUACCUGCAGCUACCUGGCGCUGGCGCCAUUGUUUGGUUACCUGGGUGAUCGAUACAACAGGAAGAUUCUGAUGGGUGUCGGAAUAGUCAUAUGGAGCACUGCGAUGCUGGCAGGAUCAUUCGUUACUGGCUUUUGGUUGCUAAAUUUGUGCUUGGCAUUUGUUGGGGUAGGGCAAGCCAGCUUUGCCACAAUUGCACCAACUGUUAUUGCAGACCUUUUCGUGGAUGCCAAAAGGACAUGGGCACUCUGUGCCUUCUACACUGCGAUUCCAAUAGGAAGUGGCCUUGGUUACAUCCUUGGGUCUAGUAUGCUGAAGCUGACAGAUGACUGGCACUGGGGAUUGAGGGUCACUCCAUGUAUUGGUGCUCUUAACUUAUUGCUCCUUGCCUUCCUGAUGCCAAACCCUCAUCGAGGAGCAUCAGAAAAUCUCACAGAGGCCCUGAACUCCAGAACCUCCUGGUAUCAGGACCUCAAAUACCUGAUGACAAACUGGAGUUUCAUGUUGUCGACCCUUGGUUUUGCCACUGUGGCCUUCACGUCUGGUGUGCUGGGGUUCUGGGGACCAGUCUUCCUGGAACGUGUGAACCGAGUGUCAUCCUCAACAGAAAAUUCAGUCUACUGUAAAGACAGUUUACUGUUUGGAGCCAUCGUCUGCUCAUCGGGAAUCUUCGCAAUUUUAAUUGGUGCAAUGCUGUCGAAAACCUUAAGAUCAAAGAACGCUCAAGCAGAUCCCAUUAUUUGUGCAGUUGGCAUGUUGCUCAGUGCCCCUUUCUUCUACUUCGGGAUUAUGUUUGCUGAUAAGAGCAUGGUGGCAACUUUUGUUUGCAUCUUUUUCGGUGAGCUUUUCAUCGGCCUGACUUGGAUUAUAGUUUCAGAUAUUCUGUUGUAUGUCGUUAUUCCAUCCCGUCGCUCAUUGGCUGAAGCAGUCCAGAUUACCAUCUCCCGUGUUCUCGGCGAUGCCUUCAGUUCAUACAUUGUUGGUGAAAUCUCCAAUGCUCUUCAGGAGGGACGACAACUUUCUACAUAUAGAAUGUUUGUGAGUCUGCAGUACGCACUCUUAAUCUGCCCUUUCAUGGUUGUUAUCGGGGCAGCCUUAUUCUUUUGCACUGCUCGCCAUUUAAAGGAAGACCAAACUAAUACAGUGAUGUACAUUCAAGGGAAUUGCCUUCAAUUGACCAGAGGAUCAGUGUUCUCCCAAUCCAUGGAUUCAUCGGAGGUCGUGGGCUGAGGCCGGCAGUCUUGCCCAUUGCUGCUUGCCCUUGAGAAGACGUUGUUGCCACCUCCUGAACUCUUGUCGUGAUGAUGAUGAAUACCCUCUGGUAGAGCUUUUAAGUGGGAAGCUCCAGGAAUUACCCUCCUCUGCUGAAAAUUGUUUCAUUUGCAGCAAAUUCUUCCACCUUAUGAAACAACAUCAUUUGAACAAAGCCCCGAGAACCAGUUAAUGUCUGCUUGCUCAGACUGUUUUUGAAAUGUAGCCACUGUUGUAACAGGGAUAUGCAGCAUUAUUUUUACUCCUCUAUAGAGCCUCACAACAGUAGUGAAAUGAUUACAGACAAAUAAUGUCUUUUCUUAUCAGCUAAAGAGCAAGUACUAGCCAGCACCGGAACACAGGAUCUUCAUGUCCAUUUGUUGGAGCAUUCACUUUAAACUUCUCAUCCAGGGAAGAUGAAGCUGUUUAACUCUGGAACUUGGUUGUCCAGUUUUCACAAGUCACCUCUCCAUCAUUACCAAUUUGUCCUUUGCUAUAUCGCUCUCAAGAGCUGCUGCUGCUUUCCACGGGAACCAUCUUCAUUCCAGUACCUUACUCCAUAACUGUGCCUGACCUUGCAUGAGCAAAUGGGAAUUAUGGCAAAAGCAGCACUUCCCAUCGCCCCAGUCCAGCGAAGUUCACUUUCUCAGUCAGGUCAAUAGAUAAUACCAUUCUCCCCUCAUAGUCCGAGGACUCACUUGCACCAAAUGUGUAAAAUCUGUACUUUGCACUUUGGACUGAGCCAUUGUAACUUCAGGAAGAGUAUUUAAUUCUCUGUGACAGUGAGUAAGAUUUAGACAAUGGGAAUAGAAAUAGGUCAUUUAGUCCGUCGAGUCUGCUCUGCUAUUUCAUCAUGGCUGAUCUAUUUCCCUGCCUUCUCCCCAUACACUUUCACACCUUGACUAAUCAAGAACCUAUCAACUUUAAAUACCAAUGGCCUGGCCUGCACAGCCACCUGUGGCAAGGAAUUCAAUAGAUUCACCAUUCUCUGGCUAAAGAUAUUCCUCCUCAUCUCUUUUCUAAAUCAACAUCCCUCUAAUCUGAGGGUGUGCCCCCUGGUCCUAGACUCCCCCAUCGUAGGAAACAUCCUCUCCAAAUCCACUAUAUCGAGCCCUUUCAACAUUCAAUAACAUUCAGUGAGAUUCCCUCUCAUUCUUCUUAAAUUCCAGCAAGUAAAGGCCCAGAGCCAUCAGCCACUCCUCAUGUGAUAAGUCUUUCAUUUCCAGAAUCACUCUUGUGAACCUCCUCUGAAACCUCUCCAAUGUCAACACAUCAUUCCUUAGGUAAGAGGCCCAAUACUCCUCACCAGGGCCUUAUAAAGUCUUAGCAUUACAUCUUGUUUUUGUGUUCUAGUCUUCUUGAAAGGAAUACUAAAUAUUGCAUUUGCCUUCCAGACCACCAACUCAACCUUCAAAUUAGCCUUUGAAGAAUCCUGCACGAUGUUUCCCAAGUUCCUUUGCACCUUGGAUUUUUGAACUUUCUUCCCAUUUACAAAAUAGUCUAUGCUUUCAUUCCUUCUACCAAAGUGCAUGACCAUACACUUCCCAACACUGCAUUCCAUUUGCCACCUCUUUGCCCAUUCUCCUGAUCUGUCCAAGUCCUUCUGCAGCCUCUCUGCUUCCUCAAUACUGCCUGCUCCUCCAGCUGUCUCCGUAUUAUCUGCAUAUCUAGCUACAAAGCCAUCGGUUCCACCAUCCAAAUCAUUGAUAUAUAACAUGAAAAGAAGCAGUCCUAACACAGACCCUUGUGGAAUACCACUGUUCAGCAGCAGCCAAUCAGAAAAGCUUCCCUUUAUUCCCACUCUUUGUCUUUUGCUAUUUGGCCAAGGAUAGUAUCUUUGCCUUAAUGCCAUAAGCUCUUAUCUUGUUAAGCAGCCUCAUGUGUGGCACUUUGUCAAACUCCAAAUGCACAACAUGCAUAGGUUCUCCUUUGUUUGUCCUGCUUGUUAUUUCCUUAAAAGAAUUCUAACAGAUUUGUCAGGCAAGAUUUUCUCUUAAGGAAACCAUUCAGCCUAUUUUAUCAUGUGUCUGAAAAUACCCCAAAACCUCAUCCUUAGUAAUGGACUCCAACAUCUUUCCACCACUGAAGUCAGGCUAACUGGCCUAUAAUAUCCCUCCUUCUGUCUCCCUCCAUUCUUAAAGAAUAGAGUAAUAUUUUCAAUUUUCCAGUCCACCAGAACCAUCCCAGAAUUGACUAAUUCUUUAAAGAUUAUUACUAAUGUCUCCACAAUCUCUUCAGCUACCUCUUUCAGAACCCUGGGGUGUAGACCAUCUGGUCCAAGUGGCUUAUCUACAUUCAGACCUUUUCCUUAGCACCUUCUCCUUAGUAAUAGCAACUGCACUCACUUCUGCUCCCUGACACUCUCACAGGUCUGGCAUUCUAGCGGUCUCCACAGUGAAGAUGAAUGGAUAAUACUUAUGUAACUCUCGCUUUGCCUAGCAGCUUAAUAUAGGGGGCGAUAACCCCCUGCUCAGCCAAACUUAAGAAAUAUCAUUUAGGAGGAUGCUGCGCGAUGUGCCUCGUAUUACAAAUCAGUACCCCGAAAUAACAAACAGUACACAAUAUGCGAUUAAACGAUUAAGCUUUGUAACUCUUACUUUGACUAUAUGGUUAGUGGAGAAACAAAAUUUUAAAAAAGGGCCCAAUCUUAUUAAACAGUCUGUGCACAAAGUUGGAGCUCAUUCACAGGCUGAUCGGUCCCCAUUGACCUCUUCCGAUCGUCACUGCCCUUCGGACCCUCGUUCCGAGUCCACCCCGUCUGACGGCCUACCAAAUUUCCAUUUGCGUCUUCUCUCUUCUCUCUCUCUUGCUCUGGCCAAAAGCCCACAAAAUCAACUGCUUCCAAAUUCACAAGACAGGACAACAAAAUCCUGAUUGGCUAACAUGCAUCCCACAGUCCUGUUAUCUCCAGCCAUAACCCAAACGUUGCUGCUACAGAGAAACUGCUACCUCAGCAGUGAACAUUACAGAGAAGCCAUUACAUUAGCAGUGAAACCUUACAGUGCGUUACACUCUUCUCCCACCAAAUUUAAAUCAUGUCCUCAAUGACAUUGAGAUAAUUCGACAAUCCUACCUGCAAAACACAAAGCCCAAUCCAGGUGCCAAAGGCAGUGACAUAGCUCCCCAGAACAGUAGAGAUCACACCCUGUUCCCCUGGCAUUACAUAGGCCAACCUAUCCAGUGGUCUCCUAACUCUCUGAGAUCUCUGUACCUCUUCACCUAACUCUUCAGGCUCAGAUGCUACUGGGGAUACUUCAGGUCUACUUGGCGAGUCCUUCCCCCAAUCUAUCACUCUUGUCCCCCUGCAACUCAGAGUCCUCUGUCCCAUGUGCAGGCUUCCUCUCUUUCAGGGUCCCGCUGUAACCGAGGCUGCUCACAGAUAGUCCCCCCCCGCCACUUCACCUGACUCAGUGGGAGAAGGACCAGGAGUCUCUACCUCAAUCAAUGGGGAGUUAGUGAACAGCAGCAUGUACCACACAUCCAGAUCAUCAUCCUCCGAAUCAGUAUCCCUCUCAUGGGCAGGGCUCGGCCCAGCCUCUCCCUUUGUGGGCCCUGCAGUCACCCCGCGUUUUCAGUGUCCUCUUACUAGGUGUAGACUCCAAGUCAGGCUCUGGGUCCACCUGCACCUCUUGACCC